AGUCAACGUCUUUUCGCUACGGACGUCGAUGAAAUUGCAGAACUAUAUGUUUAUUGUGAAGCUUGGAGUACUGAUUGCCAUCGUUUUAACGGGCAUCGUGUGGGCCUUUCAAGUGCCGCUUCUGCUAGAGAAGUUCUCAUUCAGCGGACGAACGACACCGAGGGGAGUCGUGGAAGCCUUCGCUGUGGCAAUGUUCAACGGUGCCGGAAGUACGCCGAUCUGCUGCAUGGCCGAGGAGAUGUCGGACCCCUGCCGAACAAUCCCGAGGGCACUUUUGGGUGGUCUUUUCCUCGUUACUGCUGUGCACGUGUUUACCAAUAUGGCCUACUUCGUGGUCCUGGAUCCGGGGAGCCUGACCGCAACUGAAGCGACUGCCGCAACAUUUACACGACUGACGUGGGGAACCGCAGGACAAUUCCUUGUGCCAAUCGUCGUUUGCGUCUGUACGUUCGGGACGAUGAGUUGCAGCUGCUUGACCAACGUUCGUCUCCUCAUGGCAUCCGCACGGAACAAGCAUAUGCCCGAAGUUUUCUCUCUCAUAUCAAUGAAGACCUCACUUCCAGUGGUUUCCAUAUUCAGCAGGACGUGUAUCGCGGUGGCAUUCACCUUGACGGGCUCGGUGGGAUUCCUUGCCAAAGGCUUUAUGGCUAUUGUUUCUGUCAUGAAUAUCAUGUCAAUUUUAGCCAUGCUCAAGCUACGCAGGACCCUCAAGGAAACAUCGAGAGGCAUCAGAGUUCCAACGUUCAUCAUACUUAUAAACCUUGCCAUCUUGUUGACCCUUGUGACCGCACCAUUGCUGGGAAGAAGUCAUGUCACGGAGUAUAUCGUGACAUUUGGAACCAUGCUGCUCGGAUUUCCUGCGUACUUCUCUUUCUGCGCAUUGAGUCAAACGAAUGCAGCAACGGCUCUCUUCCACUUUGUUCAGAAACUUUUUCAGUGUGUACCGUGCGUUCCCUACAGGAGAUAAUGUGUGGCACCAAUAAAUGCAGCCGCAUUUUCUUACUAGUAGUGCUGAUUGGUGCGCCGUGCACUCGCCAGAGCCAUGCUAUCUGUCCCGACCGUCGAAGUAGAACCCGAAACUAAGUUGUCAAGGAACUUUCGAGCAAUGCGAUUCGAAUGGAGCUUCAAGCAACUAAGGGCUGAGAGGACGAAAUGCAGGGUGUUGCAAAUGAGAGAAAUAUAAAACGUUUCGUUAGCCUCUUGAUUUUCAGCGGACGUAUUUGAAAACAAAAUUGGGCACAUAUCCAAAAGUGUUUA